AUGGUUGACUACAUAGCAGACUAUUUGGAGAACAUUAGAGAACGUCGUGUAUAUCCCAACGUUCAGCCAGGGUACCUCCACAAACGGCUUCCAAGCGAGGCUCCUCAACAACCAGAGAAAUGGGAUGAUAUCUUUCGUGAUGUAGAAGACCACAUUAUGCCUGGGAUUGUGCACUGGCAGAGUCCGCACAUGCACGCAUACUUUCCAGCUUUGACUUGUUAUCCUUCUAUAAUGGGAGAGAUGCUUUCUAGUGCUCUAAAUGUACUUUGUUUUACUUGGGCUUCAUCUCCAGCCGGUACGGAGUUAGAGACAAUCGCUAUGAAUUGGCUCGGUAAGAUUCUCGGACUUCCUGACUGUUUUCUCAAUGAAAAGAAUGAUAGCCCUGGUGGUGGUGUAAUCCAGACUACAGCUAGCGAAGCAACAUUAGUAAGCUUACUGGCAGCACGAACAAGAGCUUUGAUGGAGCUUUCGAAGCUCAAUCCGGAUGUGCAGUCAUCUGAACUACUUGGACAUCUCAUUUGCUACUGUUCAGAUCAAGCUCAUUCGUCCGUUGAGAAGGCUGGUUUGAUCGGUUUGGUAAGGAUGAGAUAUAUCGAAUCUGAUGAAAACCAAAGCAUGCGUGGAGAUAAGUUGGAGGAAGCUAUCAUCAAUGAUAAGACCAAAGGACUUGUGCCGUUUUGGGUGUGUGCAACAUUGGGUACAACCGGAUCUGUAGCUUUUGACAAUCUGCGGGAGAUUGGACAGGUUUGCGGAAACCAUUCUGCGUGGUUACACGUGGAUGCUGCGUAUGCAGGCAGCGCAUUCGUUUGUCCUGAAUAUAGGCAUUGGCUUGAUGGUGUGGAAUUAGCUGAUUCUUUUGCUUUCAAUCCAUCAAAAUGGCUGAUGGUGAAUUUCGAUUGCACUGCUAUGUGGGUAAAAGAUAGCACAGCUCUUCACAGGACGUUCAACGUGAACCCUAUUUACUUACGUCACGAAAAUUCUGGAAAAGCGAUAGAUUAUAUGGUCGGAACACAGAACUCCAACACAAAGAAAAGACUUGUAAACGUCGAAACAAAAGAAGAUCAAAAAAUCAUUUCAAACGGUAGUAAGAGUGAAUGCUAUCCCAACGGAGACAGCAGUCAUGAUGAAGAUGGUGAUGAAAAAUUGAGAAAUCUCCAUGGCUAUAACAAAAUAUCACCAGGCUGCGGUACACAGAUUCAGCUAGAAAAUCCAGAUAAGAAGGAACCACUCCAUUGGCAGAUUCCAUUGAGUCGACGAUUUAGAGCCUUGAAGCUUUGGUUUGUGCUGAGAAAUUAUGGCGUUAUGGGAUUGCAAAAGCAUAUUCGUGAGAGUGUACGGUUAGCACAAAAGUUUGAAGCUCUCGUACUAGCCGACCAACGUUUUGAAAUGCCACAACCAAGGAACUUAGGAAUGGUCGUAUUCCGCCUUAAAGGCGAUAAUACUCUGACCGAGUGCUUGUUAAAACGUUUAAAUGCUCGCGGCUACAUUCAUGCUGUUCCUGCUUGCUUCAAAAGUGUCUACGUGAUACGUUUUACUGUGACUUCGCAAAGGACAACGAAUCAGGAUAUUCUCGAUGACUGGAACGAAAUUAAGACGGUAGCUGCUGAAAUUAUAACCGAAAUGUUUGGAUCUGAAUACGGAAAUAUUGUUGUACCAAAGAAGCCAAGGAUCUCCCUAAAAGAAACUAGGGAGCUUAACGCCACUUUUGGAACAAGUCUUCUGCUAGCCAACAGUCCAAUGAGUCCAAAAAUCGUCAAUGGGACUCAUGCUGCUAUAUGUGACUACGAACAAGUGCUUAAUUCCUGUGCGCAAACUUUCGCUCAGUUAAAAAUGGAGCCUAAAGAUAGCCCCGAGAUGCGUCGACGUAUUCGCGGUAUCAAAAUGUGCGGUAAGAAAUUCUCGCUGGAUUCCUGCAUGGAUAUGGUGCAGGGCCUCAUGAUGGAGCAAUCGCUUCCUCAAUGUUCUGAAGAAGAAAGAGAAGAGGUUUCUACUGGAUCAAGCCCCGGCGAAAAAUCAUCUAAGUCAUCGUCGCCAGUGACAUCUAGCGGUACAAAGCAUGAUAUAGUUCCAGAUUCAACUCAGCUACAAGUACCGGUUGUUACUAGACCACACAGAUCUAAGUCCAUGGACGUAUCUCUUAUGGGUUUGAACCUUGAAGAUGCUAAAGUAACUAUAGACAUGAAAAGUAAUGAAAUUACUAUAACUCCUAACGGAACCAGAAACUUUCUUGACGAUUAUAACGACAUGUCUGAGAAACCGGUACAUUUUAAUGCAAUUGAAGAAAAACUUAACAUUGGUGAUAAAAUUACACAAGCAUUUGAAAAUUUUCAAGAUGGACUUGAUAUGUUUAGCGAGUAUCGACAAAAAGAUAUGGACGAUAAACAUGAAAUAAGCGGAAACGACGCUUGCAGCUCUAAAUUAACUAUAAGAGGUCCCGGUAAUUACAUAAAGAAAAUAAUUCAACAAUUUAGUGAAGGCCCCUUUGAAAUUGAAGAUCCUAAGCCAGAGUCCGAAAGAGCGAUACCAGCACUUUCAAUUAGAGAUAGGGCUGAUGCAAUUUGUAAGAAAUGCUUACAUUAUAAAGGUAAAAUUGGGAAAUAA